CUUCCACUUUGGCUCUAUAUUCUUUAUGAACGAGACAUUUCUGGUUCUAUAUUGUGUUUUCCAUUCAUUUUUUUUGGGUAAAUAGAUGGACUAUGUUUUACUAUUGUGUUUGUUUUUUGGACUAAACUGACUGAAACUGAGGGUCAGACCUCCAAUUGAUCUGCAAAAGCAUAAUCUAUCAAGCUCCCAUAAGGCAUUGAAAUUUUGUGUAUUGAACAUCUGAACAAAAACAAAAAAAUUCAAAAAGGGGAAAAGUGUCUAUAUAAUAUAUAUAAUCUAACAUAAACGAGCCAAUGCAGUUUACAGCUACUGUCUGAUAUUUGUUUCUAAUGUUUUAAGGUGAGAGAUUACGCUUGAAAAAACAAACAAAUGGUUUUGUUUUACAGAAUGGAGGUAACUUGCACGAUGUUACUAGUCACUUUUCUUUGUGAUCAGUUUGUGGAUUGUGGGAAUAACAAAUCCCUUUGCAAAUUAAAGCAUGCAAAGUUUGCUAUCAAAUUCUAAAACAAAAAGUUUUUUUCAAAGUUUAUUGUCAGCAGAUUGCAAAUCAGAAAUUAAAUGUGAGUCUGGUCCCCAGUCCUUAGCUGAGUGAUGACUUUCUAAUAAUCCACAGCUUGUUAGCUCACCUGGAGUGGAAACUGAAUGCCAAAAUGCUAGCACCCUGUUUGAUGUGCAACUCCCCUUAUUGCCUUCACUGAAAAUCACAAGAACAAACUGUCAGUUUUAUUUUGACGGCACUUUGAUCAAUAUUGAGUGAGCCCUUUUUUAAAAUUACAUAAAUUUUGCAUCAUUGUUCACAUUUUAAUGUUCUUAAAAUAGUUCCUGUCUUAUAGUGAAGGUGUGUAACAGACUGACUUCCAGGUUUUUGCCCAGAACAAAAAAAGUCUUGGUAUAGUCUUACUAAAAGCUCUUUGAAAUAAGCAAAACAACAAAAAAAGCAAUAAUUACAGGAUUUCUUCUUUGAAUAAAGGUCUAAAGUAAGCUUUUCUAUGCUGUUAGUGUUAGUGGUUUUGAAACUGGAUUUAAAUGGGUUUUAAUAGGUUUAGACAGUGUGCACUGGCGUUUGACAGCUCCACAUUUCCACAUCUGAUGAGCGUGAGCUGUGGCAGUUCAGCAUUUUACUUUGGGUUUCCUUAUCUGCAGUGAAAGAUGGCACAGGCUACCAGUGAUUUAUUUCAUCUGCUUCACAUUGUGCAGAUUGACAGGAAGGUCUGCCUCUAUUAGAGGAGUGAAUAUAGCUAGAAAAUUCACUAGCAGAUUUUACACCAAUACGUUAGAUGUUCAUGAGAAAUAUUUAGCUCUUUUCAACCACGAGAGAUGUCAAAAUCCCGACACUUUAAUUUGUUUCCUUAACCAGUUUUUUUCUUUGCCAAUUGAAUAGAUUGUAUGUGUAUUGAUGUUUUAAAAUGUUAAUAUUUACAGCCAUGCCACCCUGGACACACCUAACUUAGUCAAAGAUCAGAAGUAAAACAGGAUUUAGCCUUGUUAGUCCUUUAAUGGGAGACCACCAAGUCCCAUAAGCUACCACCUCCAGAGUUUCCAUACCAAGACCAGAUAAAUUCAGAAGGUUAGCCACAGCAAAUCAGCUUUCACUGAUUCACACAUUUGUUUUUUUAGGUUCGAUGCCCUUUCUGACAUAACCUUGUGUUUCAUUCGGGCUGGUGACCGGCACAGGGAGACCCAGACCCAGGCCCUCUUGUGGCUACAUAGGUUUUGGAUUCCUGUCCAUCUCUCUCUUCUCUGUGUCACCACAGCCUACCUUCAUGCUGAGUCUCAAGAAAACACAAUACACCAGAUAGAGUUGCCCCGUUCCCGGUGGAGGACAAUGGAACGGCUGUGGUUCUCCUUGCUGUUGCUGGCAGCAGUAUGCAGGGGGCAACCAUGUCCAAAGCGCUGUAUGUGCCAGAGCCUUUCUCCAUCGCUAGCGAUCCUCUGCUCUAAGACAGGCCUGCUCUUUGUUCCCACUGCCAUUGAUCGACGCACAGUGGAGCUUCGCCUUCAAGAGAACUUCAUCACAGCUGUCCGAAGAAAAGAUUUUGCCAACAUGACCAGCUUGUUACAUCUGACGCUGUCAAAAAACACCAUCAGUCAGAUCCUUCCUUCAGCUUUCAGUGACCUGCGGCGGCUUAGAGCACUUCACCUAGACUCCAACAGAAUAACUGUGAUAAAGGAUGAACAUUUCAAAGGUCUCACAAACCUUCGCCAUCUGAUCUUGGCCAAUAACCAACUACACUCUAUAUCUCCCCACGCUUUUGAUGACUUCUUGUCAACACUGGAAGAUCUAGAUCUUAGCUACAACAACCUUAUUCAGGUUCCAUGGGAGACUAUAGGGCACCUAACCAAUGUCAAUACCCUAAAUAUGGAUCACAACCUCAUAGAAAAUGUUCCACAGGGGGUAUUCACCAAUCUGCAUAAAUUAGCCAGGCUAGAUAUGACGUCCAACAAGUUAAAGAAAAUUCCUCCAGACCCCUUGUUUCUAAGAAUACCAGUGUAUGCCAAGUCCAAAGGUUCCCCUCUUUCUUCCCUUGUGUUGAGUUUCGGCGGCAACCCACUUCACUGUAACUGUGAGCUACUGUGGUUAAGGAGACUAACCAGAGAAGAUGACCUUGAGACAUGUGCCUCGCCGUCAGACCUCAGUGCCAAGUAUUUCUGGACAAUUCCUGAAGAGGAGUUUAUCUGUGACCCACCAGUUCUUACUCGAAGAUCACCUCUUACCGUUAUUAUGGAAGGCCAGCCUGCAAGUCUGAAGUGCAAAGCAAAUGGCGACCCAGAACCGGAAGUCCACUGGAUAAGCCCCGAAGGACGCCUAAUAUCUAAUGGCUCGAAGACUUUAGUUUUCCCUAAUGGAAGUCUGGAGAUCAAUGUCACAUCGCAAAAGGAUUCUGGAAACUUUACUUGUAUCGCCUCCAACGCUGCAGGCGAAUCCACAGGAAGAGUGGAAGUGGUUGUCACUGCAGUGCCUCAUCUGGCAAACAGCACCAGCCGCAGCCGAGAUCCUUCUUCUGAGCCUGCGCUCUCUGACAUCCUGACCUCCUCAAAGGUUUCACUGCCCAACAACGAGACAAGAGGGGCAGACAGGAGGGUGUCAUUGGUGGAACUGACAGGAAACUCUGCCCUCAUUAGAUGGAGCAGUCAAACCCCAACAUCUGGAGUCAGAAUGUUCCAGGUCCAGUACAACAGCUCUGGGGAUGACACUCUGGUUUACAGAAUGAUUCCAUCCACCAGCAAUGACUUCAUGGUCAGGGACCUAGUCGCUGGACGUAGCUACGAUCUUUGUGUCCUGGCUGUGUUGGAUGAUGUCAUCACGUCACUGACUGCAACACGCCCCUUGGGAUGUCUGUCGUUCACCACAGACACUGACUUCAGCCAGUGUCAAGCACUGCACAGCCACUUUUUGGGUGGCACUAUGAUCAUCAUCAUUGGCGGGAUUAUUGUUGCGUCUGUGUUAGUCUUCAUUAUCAUUCUAAUGAUUCGAUACAAGGUUUACAGCCAACAAAGCACAGGCCACGGAAAAGCUGCCAUCAUGGCUACAGCUCCAAGACCACAGAGCAAUGGUCAAGGAGGAGGCAGUCAAGUCCAAGUGUUCCCUCGCUCUGCCUCAAAGAUGAUAGACAGUCAGGAAGAGCAGGUGCUUUCACCAUCCAGAGUCUUGUCACCCAGCAACACUAUGAGAGACUCAGUUGAAUUGGUAGAGGAGAACAGUGGACAUAGUGCUAUGGCAAAGGCUGACUCCUUGGCCAGUGACGAGCUCAUGUCACCAACCAAGACCCGCUUCCCCUCAAGAGCAGGCAUUGAGAUGAAAGUCAGACCAUCAUCUGUUGCCAAAGAGCCUUCCUCUCCCAGGGAACUGGCAGCAAAUGACAGGAGGCCUCAUAGUGUCAAAUGGAGAGCUUUUAACAACUGAGGGUCUGCCAGCCUCGCAAUGAAAUUGGGCCAACGCUGAAGACAAAGAAACCCUGAUGCUGUUGUUCUGAUAAAUGUGAAGACCAUCUUCAGUGAAAAGAAGCAGAUAAAAGCUGAAGAAAAAAGUGUCGUAUAUCUCAUCUUCCUGCAUCUCCUGUUUGGCAUAUGCAUUUUCUUUUUUUCUUUUCAUGGAAAUCAAUCUGGUUUACUUUCAAGUGCUUAUCCUGGUUCUGCAGUUCGACUUGGACACCUGUGUCAAGAUGUGAUAAGAGUAUGAUCAACUUAAUCAGUUCUAAAUGAAGGCCAUUUUCCAUUUGAAAAAAAUCCGUUCUGAAGUAAGCAGUUGAAAAGAUUUCUGAAUAUAACAAAAACAGCAUGAAGCAGAGUAAAAUGUUGCUGUUUCAGAAUGAACAAAAAACGAGAAUGAGCUCACUUUCGCCAUCUAGCACAGCAUCAAUAUACCAAAAAAAGAUACUUGAAUAAAUUGGUUAGAAAAGAAUUAAUAUCCCACAGAAAAACAUUCAAGGAUACUGUGUCUACUAUUACUAUGCCGUCAACAUGUGGGACUCCUGCAAAGUAGACUUGCCGUAGCUUCAGUCUGUUAUUCACCACUGAUCAACACAAGUCUGUAAAACGUCACAGAGCUGAGCUGAUCCUGGAAAAGCUGAAGUGGAACUGGCUCACGACUGGGACUGGAUUGCUUUCAUCAGAAACAGAUCCCCAGACACAACAGAACAUUGAAAAGAAGAGCAGAUAACCCAAUGUGACAAAAUUAAAACAAAUCAAAAUUGAGGUCUCUCCUGGGAAUUUCCACUCAUGGAUGCAGAUUAAACGACUGUAGACAAUUUAUACCUGUCAUAAACCAGCAAGCAGCCAUGAUCCUGCAUCUCCUGCUUUCCAUUGAAUGGGACUGUUGAGGAUGAUGAUGAUGAGGAAGAGGCCCUGUUUCAAACCUCAUCAUCAGUGUUUAAACAGUGCCUUCUUGACACAAUAAUAGAACAAUCAUAGAACAGAGAAGACAGGCUGGGAGUUGGUGUGGAUAUGAGCACAGCCUUCGUGAACUGCUUGGCCUAUGUAGCAGAGCUAGUUAGUUUUGUGCAUUUUGUGGUACAAUCCCCAAAUUUGGACAGGAUGUACCUUAGAUCCUUUCUUUCAGAAAAGCAUUUUAGUCACAAGAAAAAAAAAUCCAAAAUGGUGGCCAUUUGUAAAGAUGGUGACCAUACACUCAAUUGUUAAAAAAAUAUUCAAUGUCUAUUUGCCCAGUCUCCACAAUAUGGGCUGUUCAUGCACAAAAUGUGAUCUUUAAACAUGAGGGGCAUCUACAGAAUACUAUCAAAUGUAUAUUAUAAAUAUAUUCUAUAUUUUAAAAUUUAGGAUUUUUUUGAGACCAAUGUACUUUUCUGAGAGGGGAUGUUAAGGUACAUUCAGGUCAAAUUUGGUGCUUGUACCACAAAGUGUAUCCUUACUUUAAUAAGCAGCUCCACUAUAGGGAGGGGUCAAAAGUUCAAACCUUGUUCAUUUAAAGUUACAAAUUUCAGAAGAAAAAGUGUAUAUAUAUGCCAUAACGUGUAUAUAUUUAGACACAUUAUGGUAGCAAUAGUUACAGAAAGAGCAGCUGUAAUUGAACACUGAAACUGUACCUUGCAGCUGUAGUUGAUAAUCCCCUUGCUUCUCUUUCUCUGCCACUUCACAAAAGCUUUCUGUGCAUCUCAUCAGCGAAGCAGAAUCGGAUCUGUUUGAUUUUGGAUGCAGCGUCAAGAAACAAAGCAAACAAAUGAAAAACGGAAAUCAAACAUUGCUCUGUACCUUGUUUGAGAAAGACCAACCAAAACAGAAAAUACCUAGGACAAUUUCUAAUAAAACAGGCUAACCUGUAUGUCCUAUGUGCUAAAUAAUCUACUUGAAAAGUCGUUCAUGUUCAAACUAAGACAAAAUAUCCAUUAAGGGCAAACUCUGCAUCAUGGCAGUUGUAGAGUAAAUAUCUGAUCACCGUUCAGUGAAUAAAUAUGUUAUCAGUCACUUUUAAAGCAAAAAGAUCUCGAAAAUGAUAUUUUGCCAAGUGCUAAAGCAAAACAAAAUAGAAAUCCUUUUGAUUGUAGUUUGAUGUUCUGGAAAUAAAAUUCUAAUAAAAAAAUUCUUAAUAAAGUGCAUUUCAGUAAAUGUUACAAACUUCAAGCAUGUUAAAUAUUGGUGCGUUGCAUCUCCGUUGCAUGAGGAGUCAUCAGUUAGUUUACAUUGUCUCAAACAUGAACUUGAAGUCAUUCUCCACUUAUUUGUAUUGCACUGAGAGAUUACAUUUUAGCUGGGUCCACAUGGUUAUUUUCUGUUUUGUAAGGACAACAUGUAUCAUUACUUUUGUUGUAACUUUAAAAACUGAGUUAGUAAAAGGGUAAAACAAAUAUGAACACACAGGAUUCAUCUCUCUGUCUAGACCACAUGUGUCAAAGUCAUAGCCGGCGGGCCACAUCUGGCUCGUCAUGUAAUUUGAUACGGCCCACAAGAUCAUGUUACAUUAUUGUUAUUAAUGGCCCAGCGGAAUGUAGUGCUGAUAACAUAUUCACUACAGAUCCUAUAAUGCAGCGCUUUAGCUGUCCGACAAACUAUGACAGUGGCAUCUUUUCAUUACAGAUCCCAUAAUGCAGCGCUUUAGCUGCCUUGGUGAAUACUACUUUCCCUCACGAUGCCGAAGAGAAUGAGGUUUAUUCUGAAAACAGAGCCUUCAAAAAUUGAUUAGAGGCAGAAUAAAUGUUUACUGACAUUACCAGUAAAGCCGUUUGUCUCAUUUGUGGAGCAAAUUUGGCUGUAAUUGAAGAAUAUAUUCUAAGACGGAGCUAUGAGACAAACAUCAAGUUCGCACUUUGCUGAGAAGCUAAACACACUGAGUUUGCACAGUGCUGUGGUAACUUUAAAAAACAAAAAAGGAAUUUUGAUUCACUUCAUAAUCCGUUUGCCGUCACUGUGGAAACUGCACCUGUGCAGAUUCAGAUGGAGCUGAUUAAGCUGCAGUGUUUUGGCACACCGACGGCAAAGUACGACACUGCAGGGCUGCACAGUUUAUUCACUCCAUUCCUGCAGAAAUGGCCCAGCUCCGUCUACAUGCAGCACAUGUUUGGUCGCAUGUUUCUGUGUAAGAAGCUCUUCUCAGUGAUGAAGAUUAACCAAACAGUAGACAGGAGUCGUCUCCACAACACAGGACCUCACACCAAACACAAACCAACUUGGUGACAAAAAAGGAUGCCAGGUGUCCAGCUCUGAUAAAAUGACACAAGAGCAAAGAAAAGAAAAUUUGAUUUAUUGCUGAAAAACACUAAUUUUAUUAAUUUUUCCAGGUUUUGUUUCUUUUGUUUUGCAGCCAAUUGCUAUUUUGAACUUUUAUAAUUUUGACUGGAUCUAUUUUUAUUGAGAGCAAAUCUUUUGGUAUAUUUAAAAUUGAAGUUUAUUUUUUACAUAAAAUAACAUGAGAGUGAAGAAAUGUCAAUGUUUUUUUCUUUUAUGGUUUACUUUUUCUCUAAAUUGUAUAAAUGUAACAGGAUAUAUUUUUAUGGAGAUAAAAAUAUAAGUUAUUUAAGGUUUAUGUUGAUUUAUUCUGGAAUAAUAUUUUCAGUCUAUCUUUAUCCAAAUUUAUGUUAAAUAAGGUAAGUUUUAAAAGUUUAGUUUUUAGGCCAGCGAGCUUCAGUGUGUUUUGGAUUUUGGACCCCUGAGCAAUCAAGGUUAACACCCCUGAUCUAGAUUAAUGGAUAAUACUAAGGAUAACAGGACAUGGCUGGAGGAAAAGGCAGUCACAUCAGACAAGCUGCUAAAAAGCUAAAAAGACAAGCACCCAUCCACACUUACAUCCACCUCAAAUAAUAAUUUAGAAACAGAAAGGCAUGCAUUUGAAUUAUGGGGGGAAUCCAAGGUAUCCAAAAAUUGCUGAAAAUGCAAGUAAAAAAUGGAUGCUCCAUUCAAAUAAUCCCUUACCAAGGCGGGUACCAAAAACUUGCUUUGAGGCAACAGAUUACUCUGCUAUCGUCCAGUACAGUUUGUGUUAAAAACAGCCGGUGAGGAAAUUUGAUGUCUAGUAGAUUUGUGCUAUUAAUGUCCACUUCUGGAUUUUUCUAUAUCUGCUAGGGAUUUUGUUCUAAAAAAAAUUAGACAAGUUUAUCACUAUCCCUGCAAAGAACAAGCAAGCUGUCCAGGAUCUUUUGUAGCUGGGAUAGACUCUAGCAUCCACAUCCAGGAACAGGAAAAACGAGUAUAAUAAAUGGAUGGAUAAACUUCAAAUCAUGCAAUUGUUCAACAUCUAACCAAAAAAGCUUGAGUAUUCAUGGUUAAUUUAAACAAUCAUUUAUGUGAAAAUAAUGUAUUUCUUUUGGUGAAUGAUGGUCAUAGUACUAUCUGUUUGAAAAGUAGGUAAAAAGUUCAAAUUAGGGCUUAUGAGGAUUGUAAGUGGGGCAGCAAAGUGAUAGGCCCUGGCUGGACUUUUCUUUGUGGAGUUGGCAUGCUCUUCCCAUACAUGGCUUUUCUUCAGGCAAUCCAGCUUCCUUUUUGCAAUCCAAAAACAUGCUUCAUAGGAUAAUCCAUACCUCUGAAUCGUCCCUAAGUGUGUGCAUGUGAGUGUGUGGCCCUGCAAAAGACUAGAAACCUGCUCAAAGUAUGCCCUGCCUUCCCUCAACAGUUGCCGAGUGGGCUCCAGCAGCCCUGUGAGCCUUAAAGGGACUCAUUAGGUUCAGAAGAUGGAUUGAUGGAUGGAUGGAUGGAUGGAUGGAUGGAUGGAUGGAUGGAUGGAUGGAUGGAUGGAUGGAUGGAUGGAUGGAUGGAUGGAUGGAUGGAUGGAUGGAUGGAUGGAACAUGCAGUUCAAUGGACAAUAUCUACUCAUUUUUCACAAGUAUUUAUCAGAUUAGUCUUAUACCAACAUUCAUAGCAGAUCAUUUGGGUAAUUAAACACAAAUGCAAUGACCUUAAUGAACAAAUAUAUCAAAGAUGAGACACCUCUUUCUUAAUGCUACGGUCACAUAUACAACUGCCACCGCGCGAUGUGCUGCCACCCAUUUUUUGAAUCGUUGGUGUGGUCAUUAAUGUAGGUGUCAGUCAGUCAGGCGAUGGUGGCGUCAUGAUGAAAUUGGGAGGCCACAGGGCGGUGGCAGCCGGAUCACCGACCUGAAGCAGCUUAGAUUGGACGAUGUGUAAAUGUCUUCAAACUGCAGCCGUCCAGAUCAAUAACAAUAGAUCUUUAUUAUAUGUUCUCUGCAAGUGUGAGGUAAGAAAGUGGUAAAAAAAAAAAGUGAUUUUCCUUUUUCUCUCCUUCUUUUCAGGCCCACCAAUCAGGACAAAGGUCAAGUGUUGGUCAAUAUACAGCAAUGAAGCAUUUCAAUAGAAACACUUUCAGAAGCAGGGUACCAAAUAACACAAAUCAUAUACGUAUGGAAUUUUCACAUCAAACAUUUUCAGCAUUAGUGACUUUGUCGAUACAUUUGUUUACACAUUCGAUCGAUGAUAGGAUAGGAUGUUGUGAGGGUGCAAAAUGGAUGGAUCCAAAUUUUUCUGUUGUUUGAUGUGAAGAAAAAAACCAUCAAACGGCUUCAAAUUACUUCUUCAAAUUGUAGAUGUUACUUUUUGCUGUCACUCCAUCAUGAUUAUCUCCAAAAAGAGGAUUUAGAUUCUCAAGCAUUGGUAAUUACAGGUCUUCUCUCAUUUAAUGAUCAAUUUCUGACACUUCUGACUGACAACCCAACAUUGCAGAAGCUCCUUAAUGGCACCUCUUGCAUGUAUUUCAAAUGCAAUUGUGUGAGUAGGUUGUGUGGCACACAUGCAGUUUCAAAUAAUCGGCAUUCACAUGUGCGUGUGUCUAUGUGUGUGUAAUUGCACAUGCUGCUGUUUAGCAGUAUCAAUGUAGCCAUUACAAUCCUGUUGGUUCAUAGUUCCCUGGAAGUACAGUAUGUUUGAUGAUAGAAAAGGAAAUGGAAAAGAAUCUCUUGGACAAGAACCUCAUACCCUGGUACCCAUCUUAGGACAAACUCAACCCAAAAAACACAGAGUUUUCACCUUUCCCUCUCUUGUUCUCACCUUUUAUUUGGGCUUUAUCUUUUGUAAGUGUACAUAAAAGAAUUCCAAAUCUAUAGUUUUGUACAUGUAAUUUUUAUGGUGUGUUGACAUUUUCUAAUAAAAUAAAACAACCGGGACACUCUU